CCAAUCUUCUUGAUCCGCGUGGCUAGCACGUUCGAUCCCCAUUGGAUCGUUCCUUGACCGUCUCACUUUGAACGAGGUUGUAAUACAAUUUUUUAGCACCGCGUGAGAGAAACGAUAUUAUACAUCGCGUGGAUCUCGAACUACAACUGUUCGCCCAGCCGAAGAAGCCUCCGCUGAUUUCAGUUUUCCACGCCUAUGUGCACUGGACAGACUGGACUGUACUCCCUCACACUGCUGAGCUUUCUCGAGCUGCUAAGCUCGAUUAGGGCUUUCUCUCUCCUCCGCGCACAGAGAGAGAGAGAGAGAGAGAGAGAGAGAGAGAGAGAGAGAGAGAGAGAUGGGGGAAGGGAAGGGAUCGACUUUGGUUCAUCUGCUGGUGGUGGUUCUGAGCUUAGUGGCUUUUGGUUUCGCCGUGGCUGCAGAGCGCCGUAGAAGCACUGGUCAUGUAGUUAAAGACUCGGCCAAUGCCACGUACUGUGUUUACAAUUCAGAUGUUGCCACUGGUUAUGGUGUGGGUGCUUUUUUGUUUCUUCUCUCCAGUGAAUCCCUGCUAAUGGGUGUGACAAAGUGCAUGUGUUUUGGGAGACCGUUGGCACCUGGCAGUAAUCGUGCUUGGUCCAUAAUCUAUUUUUUCUCAUCAUGGGUCUUUUUUCUGGUUGCGGAAGCAUGUCUAAUUGCAGGUGCAAAGAACAAUGCUUAUCAUACAAAAUACCGAGGAAUGAUUUAUGCCCAGAACUUCUCCUGCGAAACACUGCGGAAAGGUGUUUUUGUUGCAGGAGCCGUGUUCGUAGUUGCAACCAUGAUUCUCAACGUAUAUUACUAUAUGUAUUUCACCAAGGCUACUUCUCAGGCAGCUCAUAAAGCAAAUCGUGCUAGUUCAACUGUUGGAAUGACUGGGAAGGUGUAGAUUCAACCAACCGAUGAGCGCGGUAGCGUGAUAUUUUACUUUUUAGUGAUUGUUUGGGUCUUUCGAUUUUGUGAUAUCGUAAAAUGCAAUUGUGCUGGUAAAAACAUUUUGUUCAUCCCGUAAUCUAUAGUGCAAUUGUGGGCACUUUCUCACAGAAGAUCAAAGAUGCAUAGUUGAAAAUGAA